AUGGCUGCAAAGCUCGUUACGGUCUUUCAACGUUCGUGUAAUGAUAAUGAAAGAUCAGAAGAUGAGUUCAGUUCUUUUACGAGAUGCUCGUUUUUUAACAUCACGAUGGCCUUAUUUCGUCGCCCGUGGAACUUACUAUGGAAGCGGAAAAAAAAGUGCAGAGCGAUGGAAAAGUCGGGUGAUUUCAGGUCACCCGACGACAAUGCGAAGGAGUCAAGUCAUAUCUGGGCAUCUGGGCAGCAAAAUCGACGACAGGAUUUGCGCAUUCUUCAGUAUAUACAAUCUUUAAAUUUUUUGGGAUUUUUUUUGGUGACAGAGUCGGUAACGGUUGUUGGAACGGGGUUGUGGGUUGGUUGGUCAGUGAUACGAGCCUGGGGUGUGGAAUAUCUAUCCAUCCAGCCUGGACAGAUGUGGAGCCCUUCCUUUUCUUUGGGAAAAGGCAGUAUUAGAGACCAAUGCAUGCUGACUGUAGAAAAACGUCAAUGGCGUCUUUAUGCCAAGAGAAACAACACCGACAACAAUACAACACAACACAACACAACACAACACAACUUCACCAUGUAUGUGCUUUGGAAACAAACAAAAAAACUUCAGAGAAUAGAGAGAAAACAAAGUAGAUGGAUGUUGUGGAGUACUUCGAUUUCUUGA